AGCUGAUAACUUUUCUCAGCUCAAGGUUGCCAGUCACUACAUAUACAAACCUCAGUCUUCCCAGCUACCAUACGCAUCGUUGUUUGACUCCUAGCUAAGCACUAUCUCUUAUCAUUAUGACCAGCAUUUCUUGGAAACCUGUGGAAGGGCCCCAUGGAGAGGAGCUGAGGAAGACCCUGUCAGACACUUAUGUGGACUUCCUUGAGGCUAACCCGGGGCGCCUGGUGGUCCCCAUCUUCCAUAAAGAUUGGUACCAGCGCCAGUUGGAUUUCCCUAUCAUGGAAGAUGACGUGUGGGUGGUCACUUACCCUAAGUCAGGGACUACAUGGAUGCAGGAGGUGACGUGGUGUGUGGUGAGGGGCAUCGACCACCCGCAGACCUCCCUCCCCCUCAUGAAGAGGUUCCCGUUCUUUGAGUGGGAUUGCAUGGUAGCCCCUGACUUUACGAAUGAAAGACUUUGCCCUGAUGACCCUUGCUUACCAGGAAACACAUGGAAAAUUUUGGCUAAUAUGUCCUCCCCACGACCCAUCAAGAGCCAUCUGCAAGAACCUCUGCUGCCCAAGCAAAUGUGGGAAGUCAAGCCAAAGAUAGUCUAUGUGUGCCGUGACCCCAGAGAUGUGUGUAUCUCUUACUACUUCCACUCCAUGAAGCUAGACGGCUACAAAAAGGAACUCCCAGACUUUGUGGAGCUCUUUUUAGCUGACAUGUUGCCCUUUGCACCCUUCUGGUCACAUACCCUGGACUUCUGGAAGAGAAGGGAUCAAGAAAACAUACUGUUUGUGAGAUUUGAAGACAUGAAGGAAGACUUGCCACGAGUGGUGCGGAAGGUGGCAGAUUUCCUGGGCAAGGAGCCAAGUGCAGAGGAAGUGAUGAGGAUUGCUGAUCAUUGCUCAUUUGAAAGUAUGAGAAAGAAUAAAGCAGUGAACAAUGAGACUAUUGUGCAUGCAGAGAGUGAAAAGGGUAAAGAACUAAAGUUCAUGAGGAAAGGAAAGGUGGGUGACUGGAAGAACCACCUGACAGACUCCCAAAUCAAGGCCUUCAAGGAAUGGACAUUCAAGCACCUGGAGGGAUCAGACUUCCCUUACUACCGGGACUAUGAGUGAAGUGGAGUUGCUGCCACAUGUGAUCAAGCUGAAAGUUAUCACUAAUUAAGAAAUUUGAAAGUGUUGCACAGUCAAAACAUAAAAGAGCAAAUAAAGUGGUAGUAUAACAUGGUAGAAUAAAUAUUAUCUGAAUGCUAA